GCGGCGUCGGUGAGAGUCGAGCCUGGGCCUGGGCGCCGGGCCCAAGCCGGCAGCGCCAGGUGGGAGUUCAGAAGACGGGCGCCCGGCGUGGGGCGCCGCGAGGGCACCGCCCGCCCGGAAGCUGCUGCACCGGUCCGAUUUUCCGCGGUUCUAUAAGGAGUAGCGCUUCAGUAGCCGGGGACCUGGAGGGGAACCUGAUUUGAGAUCAAUUCUUGGAGAACACAAAGGAGUAUGGUGGGUUGAACCAGCUGCCCUUUGACCCUGCCAACAACAACGAGCCCCUGCAAUUUGGUAGUGCCAGUGGCCCUCUGGUCACAGAAGGCCUCACUGAGAAUGGAGGGGAGUCAAGCAAGAAAAGAAAGAGAACAAAUGCUCCUUCAGCUGAUAAUAGUAGAACUCUGAAUGUGGAUUCCACUGCAAUGACGCUACCUAUGUCUGAUCCAACUGCAUGGGCCACAGCAAUGAACAAUCUUGGAAUGGCACCGCUGGGAAUUGCUGGACAACCAAUUUUGCCUGACUUUGAUCCUGCCCUUGGAAUGAUGACUGGAAUUCCACCCAUAACUCCAAUGAUGCCUGGCUUGGGAAUAGUACCUCCUCCAAUUCCACCAGAUAUGCCAGUAGUAAAGGAGAUCAUACACUGUAAAAGCUGCACGCUCUUCCCUCCAAAUCCAAACCUUCCACCUCCUGCAACCCGAGAACGACCACCAGGAUGCAAAACAGUAUUUGUGGGUGGCCUGCCUGAAAAUGGGACGGAGCAGAUCAUCGUGGAAGUGUUCGAGCAGUGCGGAGAGAUCAUUGCUAUUCGGAAGAGCAAAAAAAACUUUUGUCACAUUCGCUUUGCUGAGGAGUACAUGGUGGACAAAGCCCUUUAUCUUUCUGGUUACCGCAUUCGCCUGGGCUCUAGCACUGACAAAAAGGAUACAGGCCGGCUCCACGUUGAUUUUGCACAGGCUCGAGAUGACCUGUAUGAGUGGGAAUGCAAGCAGCGUAUGCUAGCAAGAGAGGAGCGCCACCGUAGAAGAAUGGAAGAAGAAAGGUUGCGCCCACCAUCCCCACCCCCAGUGGUCCACUAUUCAGAUCAUGAAUGCAGCAUUGUUGCUGAAAAACUAAAAGAUGAUUCCAAGUUCUCAGAAGCCGUGCAGACCUUACUCACCUGGAUUGAGCGAGGAGAGGUGAACCGUCGCAGUGCCAACAACUUCUACUCUAUGAUCCAGUCGGCGAACAGCCAUGUCCGCCGCCUGGUGAAUGAGAAAGCUGCCCAUGAGAAAGACAUGGAGGAAGCAAAGGAGAAGUUCAAGCAGGCCCUUUCUGGAAUUCUCAUUCAGUUUGAGCAAAUAGUAGCUGUGUACCAUUCUGCCUCCAAACAAAAGGCAUGGGACCACUUCACAAAAGCCCAGCGUAAAAACAUCAGCGUCUGGUGCAAACAAGCUGAGGAAAUUCGCAAUAUACAUAAUGAUGAAUUAAUGGGAAUCCGACGAGAAGAAGAAAUGGAGAUGUCCGAUGAUGAAAUAGAAGAAACAACAGAAACAAAGGAAACUGAAGAAUCAGCCUUAGUAUCACAGGCAGAAGCCCUGAAAGAAGAAAAUGACAGCCUCCGUUGGCAGCUUGAUGCCUACCGGAAUGAGGUGGAACUGCUCAAGCAAGAACAAGGCAAAGCCCACAGAGAAGAUGACCCAAACAAGGAACAGCAGCUGAAACUCCUGCAGCAAGCCCUGCAAGGAAUGCAACAGCAUUUACUCAAAGUCCAAGAGGAAUACAAAAGGAAAGAAGCCGAACUUGAAAAAAUCAAAGAUGACAAGUUACAAGUGGAAAAAAUGUUGGAAAAUCUUAAAGAAAAGGAAAGCUGUGCCUCUAGACUGUGUGCAUCGAGCCAGGAUAGUGACUACCCUCUGGAGAAGACCCUGAACAGCAGUCCUAUCAAAUCUGAACGUGAAGCACUGCUAGUGGGGAUUAUCUCCACAUUCCUUCAUGUCCACCCAUUUGGAGCAAGCAUUGAAUACAUCUGCUCCUACUUGCACCGUCUUGAUAAUAAGAUCUGCACCAGUGACGUAGAAUGUCUCAUGAGCCGACUCCAACACACCUUCAAGCAGGAAAUGACUGGAGUUGGAGCCAGCCUGGAGAAGAGAUGGAAAUUCUGUGGCUUUGAGGGCUUGAAACUGACCUGAAUCCUUCUGCCUACCAACCUGGGAUCCUGAAAAUAAUGGACAAAUAAUGGACAAGCUUAGAAAGUGAUUCGUAUUUUCAAUGGUUAUCAAGUGGAAAUGGCUUUGAAUUUGUCAAUUCAUUCCUGGAAUAUCUUUGGAGUUAAAAUAAGGAUCCUAGAGCAGCACCUCGAGCUACAGGCCCUGUAAAGAAAUUGACUCAAAUCUCAAGUGCUGUAACUCCCUCCCUUUCUGUCAAUUGGUUGUCUCUUUUUAUUAGCAGUAUUUAAAAAAAGGCCUGAGGCUAAAGAGUAUUUGGGGUAUUUUCAGUGUGUGUACUACUGUUGUAGACUUCGGUAUUUUUUAAACACUGUUAAGUGAAAUGUUUUGAUGAUUUGUACGUGAUUGUGUUUCAGAACUUCUCUUCGCAUUAAUGUUGCUACUGGUGAGAGGAAUGAGAGGAGCACUAGGGACUCUAUAACUGACACUGUUUUUCCGAUCCCAAGUAGGCCAGCAAAUGGAUGACACAUCAGUGUCUUCUAGAAGGUGCUUGACCAGGUUCACCUUUGAAAAGAUAAAGCAUGGUCUGUGGCUUUUUGCAAAAUUACUGUGAACCAAAAGUUGACAAAUGUUUCAAAGUUAUUUUCGCUAAUGUUUCAGAAAAAAAGGUUCAUUUCAGAAUUUUUUUUUUUAAAUGUAGAGGUAUUCGCAGAAACCAAGUGUCCAGUAUGACUGGCAUGUGUAUGUGGUAUUCAGAAUCGCCUUGUAAAUAGUCUGCUUUUAAAGGAGGGCAUGUUUAGUUUUCUAUAAAUUAAAACACAAGCGUGUGCACGCGCACACACACACACACACUCACACACACACACACACAUUAGCAGAGGGAUUUAUUGUAAUAUGCUUUCCCCUCUGGCCUUCUUACAAAGCCUGGUGGUCCCUUUUCUUCUGCUGUCAGUGUGUUCAAUUGCAAACCAUGUGCUGCUGUAAAUACUAUGUUUACUUCAUGCUGAAUGUUUGCAAAGACUUGAUAUGAGUACUAAUAGAAAAUUCUUGGUAAUGAAUAAAUAGCAGACUAGGGUAUGUGAGGCUUCCUGCAAAUAGGUCAGCUCUACCUGGAGUGCUCAGUGCCUAGGACUCCUCCAGGUCUGCGGUGCCCAUCAGCAGAUUAUAUUGGCAGAGUGGACGCGGACCAGUCAUGAAGUCCUGCUUGAUGGAAAAGAAAGGGAAAGGAUGAGGACUGGGGCUCAUAUCCUGAGGCAGAGAUGAUCUUUCCUUCUGUGGUGUUGGUGGUGCUUGUAAUACAUAAGCAUGCCCUCUCUUGAGUCUUGAUUGAGAAUAAGAGAAUGUACUAGGUAAGCGGAGCCAAUGAAGAGUAUUUCAGGAAAAUACUUUGUAAAUCAGAUGUCAGUAGUGUUCAAAGUUGUAUUUUUAAAAGAUAAAUUUUCCUUUUUUAUACCUCAGUUUGGCGUCCUGUUUUGAAUUGCUUGCUCUCUAAGUAAUCCUUUAGUAAAUCAUCUCAGUUUCUUCCUUUGAGUUACCAGAAUAUUGGAAGAAGAUGCUAAACCUUCUGCUUUGACAGCUAGAAAUAGGAUUCCACAGCAGCCCAUUCAUGCUGAAAGCUGGCUUCCCCUUAAGCACCCAGCUGUGGCACCAGCAGGAAGCGAGAGUUAUUUUUACACUAGCUUCCUCACUGAAGCAUCUCUGUCAUCAGUGCUACAGAAGGCUUUGAUUCAUCACUCUCAGGGGUCCUGGAAUGCCUUGUUUUAAUAACAUCUAAGAAGUCGGGGGAAAUCUGCCACCGAUCAAUUAUUUCUUAUUUAAAUAAGUUAAAUAAAAUACAUUUUAAAGCAA